AUGGGAAACACCAUCAAGGCCCUUGUGGCCUUCAUUCCUACUAACCGCUGCCAGAACUAUGUGAUUGGAGAUCUCCGAGAGAUGCCACUGGACAAGAUGGUAGACCUGAGUGGAAGCCAAUUGCGCCGCUUCCCAAUGCGUGUGUGCUCCUUCAGGGAGCUGGUCAAGCUCUACCUGAGUGACAACCACCUCAACAGCCUGCCUCCAGAGCUGGGUCAGUUGCAGAACCUGCAGAUCCUGGCCUUGGAUUUCAACAACUUCAAGGUUCUGCCCCAGGUGGUGUGCACCUUGAGACAGCUCUGCAUCCUCUACCUGGGUAACAACAAACUUUGUGACCUUCCCAACGAGCUGAGCCUGCUCCAGAACCUCCGGACCCUAUGGAUAGAGGACAAUUGCCUCACCCAUCUGCCAGAUGUGGUGUGUAAGCUGAGUCUCCUUAAGACCCUGCAUGCAGGUUCCAAUGCCCUGCGUCUGCUGCCAGGCCAGCUCCAGCAACUGCGUGAGCUGAGAACCAUCUGGCUGUCAGGCAAUCUGCUGACAGACUUCCCCACUGUGCUGCUCCACAUGCCCUUCCUGGAGGUAAUCGAUGUGGACCAGAACAGCAUCCGCUACUUUCCCAGCCUGGCCCACCUGUCAAGUCUGAAGCUGGUCAUCUAUGACCACAAUCCUUGCAGAAAUGCACCAAAGGUGAGCAAAGGUGUGCGCCGUGUGGGAAGAUGGGCAGAGGAGACACCAGAGCCUGACCCCAGGAAAGCCAGGCGCUAUGCACUGGCUAACGAAGAAAGCCAGGAGCCACAGACACCUGCCUCACUGCCUCCUCUCCUUCCUAUGAGCUCCUGA